UGUGUCUUGCCCUGAGGCAUGUGAUGGGGGCUGGACUCUGAACCCCUCCCUCACUUUCAGGGAGGCAUAAAAGGAGCUGUGUCCCAUCUCUCCUGCAUUCUCUCCUCUCCAUCCAGAGCAGGCAAACUCCUCUACCAUGGCCAGCAUUUAUCGCACCAGCUCAACCAGGGGCAGCCUCCUCGGGUCCAUGAAGGCCCCAAGCGUGUACGGUGGCUCUGGAGGCCAUGGGGUCCGCAUCUCCAGCACAAGUGCUGCCAGGAGCUUCUCUUCUGCUGCUGGCGGUGGUGCUGCUGCAGGAGGCUUCAACCUGGCUGACGCCAUCGACAUCAGUGACAAUAAGAAGAUGGCCAUGCAGAACCUGAACGACCGUCUGGCCUCCUACCUGGAGAAGGUGCGCAACCUGGAGAAGGCCAACGCCGAGCUGGAGCUGAAGAUCAGACAGUUCCUGGAGAGCAAGACCAAACCUGAGGGCCACGACUGCUCUGCAUACAAGGCUGUCAUCAGUGGGCUGCAAGACCAGAUCUUUGACGCCACCCGCAUAAACGGAUCUCUCUACCUGUCAAUCGAUAAUGCCAAACUGGCUGCUGAUGACUUCAAGGUCAAGUUUGAGAACGAGCUGGCCAUGCGUCAGGGUGUGGAGGCCGACAUCGUCGGGCUGAGGAGGGUCCUGGACGAGCUGACUCGGAAGAUCGACCUGGAGAUGCAGAUCGAGGCACUGAGGGAAGAACUCAUCCAGCUCAAGAAGAACCACGAGGAGGUGGGUGUGAAACUGCAAGCUCACUCUGAUUUAAGAUACAUUAUGAAGUACUUCAACCAGUGA